GAGUUAUUUGAACUUGGCUUUCGGUACGAGUUGAGGGAUCUCGAUCAUUACUUGGCAUGGGGAUGUUGGAACAAUGAUGCCAUUGGUCAUGAGCAGCUCCUCCAUAGCAUCUUCCUAGGUGAGGCUGGUUUGGUGAUGUGGUCAGAGUUGUUUCCAUCAGAGAACUAUGGGUUGUGGAACAACACCUUGAUGGGCUGUCUUCCUUACCUUGAGAAUUUCCGAAGACUGCUUUGUGAUUGGGAUGAUGUUCUGCCUUGUCUUAUGACACCACUGACCUCAGACAAUUUCACAGAUACAUACUCCUGGGAAGUCAGGUGCAUGGCGGUGACAUUUUACAUUCAAACAUUCUUUGAUCAUUUCGGCAGGCCUCCCAUUGUGCCCCACUUGCUUCCUAUGCAAUCAUAA